CAUUCAAAGAGUGGUGACGUCACGCGUUGACCCUGAACCCUCAUUCCACGCUUAAGGAAGAAGCGCAAAUGAUUGAGAUCUGUUUAUAAGCCGAGCUCGGAUGAGAAGCUACGCUCACUGAUGGCUGUCAACUCAAGAGGUAAAAUGUGUAACCUUAAGUUGGUAGCAGUACUUUUGCUGGCCGUUGCUUCAGUCGAUCUGCGCCAUAUUGAAAGACGUCCCUCCUUCAUCGGAUGUGUGGAUUCCAGUGAGUGCAGCAAAGAACAGUGCUGUGUUCUAGGUGGGGGCCGGUACAGCAGCCCUCAGUGCACAAAUUUGGGUGAAGUCGGCGACUCCUGUCGUCCAUACGGAACCGUCCCAUUCAACACCACGGUGGAUUACCCGAACGGCUACAGUGCGACGCUCACCAACGUUCAUUUUAUCAUGUGCGACUGUGCAACAGAUUUGGUGUGUGACCGUGACUCUUCCACAUGCCAGCUUCCUCAAAUCCUCACACGAAAUUCCGUCCUGUAACCAUCUGCACCCAACUGACCUUGCUCUGCGAUUAUUUCUAUGCAGAUAAGCCAAAGCCUUGACAAAACACCUUGAAUAUCGUUAGCUCGUAUGGCUAGUUCAUUGACCGAAACAUAUUAAAACAAAAUAUAUAGGCUUCAUUCGCUAUCUAGGGCAGGGGUUUUAAUCCGCGGCCCGCAUACAUUUUUUUAAAUAUAUCAGACUAUUUUAAGAGAAAUAGGUCUCGUUAAUAUUGUCAUUACGUUUCAAUAAUUGUCACUGUGAACAAAUCCCGAGUUCGAUUAUAAACGUCAAAGAACUAGAACGAGUCUCACUGGAGAAAACUCGGGAUUUAUAAAAAUCUUAACAGAAAUUAAACUUAGUAUGUUCGUACGCGAACCUGUUUUGCGACAGUGGACCUAAUUUAGUAGCAUUUUAAUAAACUAGCGCGGGGUUUCAAUAAUGUUCCUUGUUUAUAACCUAGGAACCUGUGUCCAGAAGGAAGGGUUAAUCUGGCCUCAGGUGCGAAUAUUUGCAAUUAUUAUCAGUCUACAGCGUGUCGGCUGUAGGCCAUCGAGGCAGCCUUCAGCAUAAGGGAUUAGUCCCUACCCCACAACGGUUUCAAGCAACCGUUUGUAAUCUUAUCAUCGUAAGUUGGAAGAUUUGCUUCGACGUGAAUAACCGUAGACUAGAUACAUAACUGUACCACUUAUGUACUAUAGAGGUGUACCUUCUGCACUAACCGACGCUCUAGAAAGGUCUUUAGGUUUGUUAGUUUCACUACAGAUCCAAGAAAUGGUUCCUCCGAAAUUUGGCAGAUAAUCGACUAGUAAAAAACAACAGCAACAAUUCUCUACCGGCACACACUUCCUGUCACAACAACAACACAGACUGCAUGAAUUUUGCCAUGAUGAUUUGAAUUGUUGAAAUUCAUAAAAAUUUUAAAUUUUGCCAGAAAGAGAAACAUGCCCUAUACGUAACGUUCAAGCAUCUUACUACGUUAUUUCAUUUCGUGCAGUUAAGUUAUUACUAUGAAGCUAACUGUCGCUCAUCUAGUCUAGAAAUUCCUCUCUUAUUACCUACACAAAUAAGGUCAUUCUGUUUACAAGAGUUCGCCUUCGUAUCACCUCUCAAUUAUAAUAUUAUCCUAUCCUCCCAUCUACUCCUAGGUCUCCCUUCCUGGGUUCCUGACGACAACUUUUAAUGAACUUCUUGUCUCACCCGUACGUGAUAUAUAUUCAGUUAAUCACAUCCGCCUUCAUUCCAUUCUCCUUAUAAUGUAGCUAAAAUUGAAUAUUUCACAUUACAAAGUUGUACAUUAUGUAUUUUUUUCCAAUCAACCUAUUCUAAUCUCAUUGCAACACUUCGGUUUAUGUUAAAACUUGGAACCAAAACACAGAGUCUAUGAUUCCAACCCGUAUAUGACGUCUCGAUGUUUUGUACAUUGGAUCUCAAUGCUAAUCGCCACAAUAAAUAAACCAAGUAGUACUUUUAAGACGAAGCUCAUGUAUCAGACGUCAGUAACAGAAUAAACUAUGUUUACAUAUGUAA